AUGAGUGUGACGCACUUGAUAGACAAAAUCAAUGCCAUGGCCGAGACGCUCCCAAGUCUGGAAGAGUCAGAACGUCGCCAACUGUUACAAGCAUGUGACAAACUCAAGAAUAAAUUUGAGUCCCCCUUUGAAUUGGCUUCUCGUCUUGUGUUCUCGGGCCAUCAAGCAAUAGCCCUGAGAUUAGGAAUUGACCUCAAAUUGUUCGACGUGAUAGCCGCCCAAGCCGGACAAUGCGAUGCAUCAGUCAAUGUUUCUAAGCUCGCGGAGGAGACAGGUGCAGAGCCACUGCUCAUUGUGCGCAUAAUGCGAUUCCUGGCUGCCAUGUCCGUGGUCAAGGAAGUAUGUCCUGGAUCAUACAUUUCAACACCGUUAGCUGCUGCGCUAGUAUCAAGUUCCCCUUUGUCGGCUGCCAUGAUCCACGGCACACAUUUCAUGACUGUGUUGUCAAGAUUGCCUGAAUACUUUCGUACCCAAAGAUGGGAAAGCCCCAAUGAUGCCUUCAAUGGGCCAUUCCAGUUCGCCAUCGAUUCGCCCCACUACUUCGAAUUUUUGAACUCCAGCCCAUACUACCAGCAAGCAUUCAACACCACCAUGACCAUGUCCUUUCGCCGUCGUGGUAAAGAUUGGUUCGACAUUUUUCCGGUUGCCGAUCGAUUGCGCGUACCAGGAGACGCUGAUCCGCUACUGGUAGACAUUGGUGGUGGCCAAGGGGAGGAUCUCAAGAAAUUCAAAGCCCGAUUUCCGACCCUGCCAGGAAAGCUCUUUCUACAAGACCUACCGGCAGUGGUGCAAGGAGCCCAAGACCUGCCUGCAGGAAUCGAGGUACAAAACCAUGAUUUUUUCCUGGAACAACCAGUGAAAAAUGCCAAGGUCUAUUUUAUGCGGACCGUUCUGCAUGACUGGCCUGAUAAACAGGCAGGCCAGAUUUUGAGCCGUGCGCGCGAUGCGAUGGAUCUUGAUUCUAUCUUGCUGAUCAGCGAAACCAUGCUACCCGAGUCCGGUGCGCUCCUAUCAUCUGUUAUAUCCGAUAUGCAGAUGAUGGGCUCGUUUGCGUCGAUGGAGCGGACAGAAGCACAGUGGCGGGCGCUACUUGAACAGAAUGGGCUGGAACUGGUUCACACCUGGUUACCGAAUGAAUGUGAUGGAAGUGCCGAGUCUUUAGCAGAGCAGCCGGCUCUUUUUGAGGCUCGAAAGGGGUAA